GGAAAUGUAGUCUGAGUCUGGCUUUCAAGGAAUUGAGCUGCGUCCUCCAGAGGUCCGGGGGGGAAGCGAACGCCCUCCGUCUUCAGAGUGGUCUGGGCGGGAGGGGAUAUUUAGGACUGACUGGCGAAGCAGAAAAGCAAGGGAGUAUGGGGUGGAGUGUGAUUACGAGAAAAGGUGUCUUCGCUAGAUUCCCGGGUUCCUGAAGAGUAUGUGUGAAACUAAAGAGGUGAAACGUCUCGCGAUAUCUUACGACAUCCGGCCCCAUAGACCUCAGUGAGCCCCGGCGCCGGAGAAGUAGGAGGAGCUCGCGAGAUCUCUGCAGUUGCCCAGGAGACGACGGGGAGGAGGAGAGGUGAUCUCGCGAAAGAAAAGAGGUCGGGAGCGCUCGCGAGAUCUCAGACCGCCGGAGCCGAAACGUUCUUAGGAAGUUGAAGGGCCCACAGGAGGCCCCGGGGCAAAUGGCCGGAGCUGGACCAACCAUGCUGCUACGAGAGGAGAAUGGCUGUUGCAGCCGGCGUCAGAGCAGCUCCAGCGCCGGGGACUCGGACGGGGAGCGCGAGGACUCGCCGGCCGCGCGGGCCCGGCAGCAGCUGGAGGCGCUGCUCAACAAGACUAUGCGCAUUCGCAUGACAGAUGGACGGACCCUGGUCGGCUGCUUCCUCUGCACCGACCGCGACUGCAAUGUCAUCCUGGGCUCGGCGCAGGAGUUCCUCAAGCCGUCGGAUUCCUUCUCGGCGGGGGAGCCCCGUGUACUGGGCCUGGCCAUGGUGCCCGGCCACCACAUCGUUUCUAUUGAGGUGCAGAGGGAGAGCCUGGCAGGGCCUCCCUAUCUCUGACCUCGAUCGCGCAUGCUUUGCAGACCAUUAAACCUGGAACGAAGUG